CUCUGCCUCCGUUCAAUUAUUCAAUAUCUAACCAACAAACCAACGAACCCAUCUCUUUCUCUCUCUCUCUGUUCCACCUGCGUAUUUCUUUCUUCUCUCUCUCUUGCUUGGUUACUCCACUGGGGUUCCCUUCUCCUCUCUCUUUCUCUGGGUUCUCUGCUAUUUUACUAUCUGUUCUUUGAGUCUUCCAUUGAUGGUGUGUAAGCUGAAGAAGGAUAUGGGGAAGUACAUGAAGAAAGCCAAGAGUACAGGGGAAGUUGCAGUCAUGGAAGUCGCUCAAUCUUCUUUAGGGGUUCGAACCAGAGCCAAAACCCUAGCCUUGCAGAGACUCCAGAAGUCGACGAUGGAAUCGAUGGUUGACUCCGGGGCUUCUUAUUUACAGCUCCGAAGUCGGAGACUUGAGAAACCUCCUCUCCUUGCCGCCAGCAACCAUGAAUCGAAGAAACAACAAAAACCACCGCUACCCAGAAAUAAAGAGAAGGAAAGCGUCAAAUCAAACCCUAACCCUAAUUCGCGAACGAGUUCCAGGUUGGUUGCGGAUUCUGAAAAUUCUUGCUCUGUUGCUUCAGUGAGUUGUUCGAAAAAUGAAGAGGAGUUUUCGAACAAGGAGAAAACUCCUGUGGCAUUUGAAGAGGGGUCUCAGGAUAACACCGAUGAUGUGGGUAUUGAAGCUUCAUUUGGAGAGAACGUUUUGGAAAACGAAGGGAGAGAUAGGAGCACAAGGGAAACUACACCUUGCAGUUUGAUAAGGGAUUCAGACACCAUAGGAACUCCUGGUUCUACUACUAGGCCUUCCAACUCUACUGCAACAAAUCGAAGAGUACAGAAUGCAAUGAGGAGACUCGUCCCAACAGCACAUGAGAUGGAGGAGUUCUUUGCCAGUGCGGAGAGGCAGCAACAGAGACGGUUCAUAGAGAAAUACAAUUUUGAUCCAGUGAACGAUAAGCCUCUUCCUGGACGAUAUGAAUGGGUGAGGGUGACACCAUAAGUGGGUUUGGUGUUGCAUCAAAGCUGCUUCUCUCUGCAACCAGCUUCUAUCAGGAGGGUUUUUGAAGUGGCAGAGGAUGGAGUUGGUGGUCUACCACCCUUUCUUGCUGUGUUUAUAAGAAAAAGGAAGAUCCCUUUAAAGAUCUCUGUAGUCUAAUGGUCUGUAAACCUAACAGAGCCGAUGAGUUACUCAAACAAAUAUAAAACAGAAGUCCCUUUGUCUUAACAGAUCAUUUUUGAGGGGAAGAGAAAGAGGGUAGGUUUAAGGUGUCGCCUAGGUAGUCUAGUGUAACUGUGUAAGGAGUACAAGAGAAAAUUACCAGUUUUUCUUUUCUUUUUUCUUUUUUUUCCUUCCCUUAAUUUUCUCUUUUGUUUAUACUGGUGGCACUGAUGGAACUUAUGAAAUCCUUUUUAAAAUAAACGUGACUUAUUUCCC